UCCUCUCCUCUCGCGCUCCCAGCCCACCAUGGCGCAGCAGCACUCGCCGCCUCCACCUCCUGCCCCGCCGUCACCUCCGCCCGCGCUGCCGUGUGAUCCGAUGCCGCCGCCGCCGCGCCAUGACGACACCACGCUCACGCUGUCGCUCGCGCCGCCCGCCGCCGCUCGCCCGCUGCAGGCCAUGGUGGCGCGGGCCAAGUGCUCGUCGCCGACCGGGGACGCGCCGCCGUGCACCGAGUGCGGCAGGCAGUUCCUCUCGUGGAAGGCGCUGUUCGGCCACAUGCGCUGCCACCCCGAGCGCCACUGGCGCGGGAUCACGCCCCCUGGCGGUGGCGGCGCAGGCGCGGCGUCGUCUACCGCCGCCAGCCAGUUCACGCUCAGGGAGCGCGAGGUCGCCGCCAGCCUCCUCAUGCUGUCCGGCGCUCACCCCGCCCGCUCCGGCGCCGGCAAGGGCAAGGGCAAGAAGCGCCUUCUCGCCCCCGCCGCCGCCGCUGCUCCUCAUCAUUCCCCGGCAACCUGCGCCGACCACAAGUGCGCCGUCUGCCACCGCGGGUUCGCCACCGGCCAGGCGCUCGGCGGCCACAAGCGGUGCCACUGGCCGGAUCGUUCCUGUGCCGAUCAGGCGAUAUCGAUGCUCGCCGUCUCCACCGCCGGCAGCAGUAGUACCACUACCACGUCGGCAUCACCUCCGCCGGCGCCGGCGACCGCCGCCACCGCGCUGGACCUCAACCUGAACCUGCCGCCUCCAUUGGCGCGUAAGAACCUCCAAGACGGCGGCUCGAACGAGACGUUGGAUUUGAAUCUGGGGUUACAUAGAUAG